UUCGACUAUUAACUGCUUUCAUUAAUGUUGUGUUGAUUUUCUAUUUAAUUUUGAGGAAGGCGAUCUACUCCAUAUUUUCACGGGCAUUUCAUUUGGGAGCUCUUUAUCUUUUUUUUCUUCUCUUUGGUUUCAGCUUUAUGAUGAUUUUGUUGGGUUGAGAGUGAGUUUUCUUUGUGUACCCUUUCUUCUUUUUGGGCUCUCUCUCUCCGUUUUGCUUUAUUCAUGAAGAACCUGAUUCUCUGUACUAUUACAACACAAGAGAGCAAUCUUUUCCUGCUUUCUUCGUUUUUUUUUUUCCCUUCUUACAGUCUCUCAUCUAGCUUAUUGUUUUCAGUUUUCUUUUACACACACACAUACACACUCUCUCUCUCUCUCUCUAUACUCGGUUAUUGUGAUUCCCGCGGGCGAGAUCUCUCCGAGUUUUACUUUUUUAAGACUCUCAUACAGACAGAAGAGAGAGAGAAAAUGGAGAGAUAUUUUGGAACUCUAAAUUGAUUUUCUUUUCUUUCUUUUUUCCCCCCUCUUGGAAAAGCCAAACGCCCCCCUUUUUCGGAUUUCUUUUCCGGCGAGCUUUUCGGUAUAAAACCACACACAUCAAUCUCUCACUGGUACGUUGUUUUCGCCCACUUUCUUACUCGGAUUUCUGGUGACCUGGUCUCAUUACAAAAAGGGACAGAAAAUAAUAACAACAAUAAUAAAAAAAAAAUCCUUAUUGUUAAUUUUUUAAAUUGUUAUUUUUAUUUUCCCCGACCUUUUGCGUUACACUGUUCCGUAACUGAAAAAGUAGAAGAAGAAGGAGAAGCUCAAAUCGGAGAAAACGAAGCAAAGAAAAAAGAUCUGAAAUCAACUUUCGGAGUCGCUUUUGAGGCUCAAUUUCUGAAGCGUCUAAGCCAUACGUUCGUACUAUAGUUUUUAUUUAUCCCCCAAAAAUGGACAAAGCUCGAGACGUGAGGCGUGGAGCUACUCGUUUUAAGCAUUCAAGACACAAGCUCCACUCUGGCCUGAAAGGUAUUGGUGAGGACUUUGAGCUGUCCGAAAAAUCGAGGAGAGAGAAGCUCAGGAAAUUGAGCGCCGUCGUUGGGAGAUCGAGCUCGAGUUUCGAAGACUGCGAAAUGGGUUCUGAUAGAGAAGAAGAAGAUGAGCUGCGCAGUACUGUUGGUACUACUAGCAAGAGAUUUAAGCUUUCCCAAAAGUUUCUUGAUGACUGCAACCGCGUUGGUCAUGCCUCUGUUCCGCGAAGGCUACGCUCAGCGAUGAAGAAGCGUAGUCCCAAUUCUAUAUCUCCUCCUUUGCCAGAUUCAAAGAAACUCAAUUGCUCAAAAUUUGAUGCUAUAAAGAAAUCAAAGUCAAACAUGAAACAAAGAAGAGCAGACAAGUGCCCAAAACAAACUGUUUCAGUGCCGAUCACAAAGGACGAGGAAGAAGUAGCCGACACUCUGUAUGCUUUGGCUGGAAUGUUCUUUAACACCAACAACAACGCAAAUGACAAGCCAAAGAAGAACCAUGAAUCUUCAAAAGCUAAGCCCUCAGAUCUUCAACAGUCAAAGGGCAGUCAUAAACCAACACUUGAAGAUUUUGGCGUUGCAGAGGAAAACAUAAGGUCAUCUAGUGUAGAGAGAUUAGCUGAAAUCGUCAAAGUUGAAUCUUGGAACGAACCCAAUAUUACUAUAGAUGGACCUAACUUGCCACACUCUAAGAAGCUUCAUUUGCCACCAAAAGAUUCUGCACCUCAAGUGGAUCUCAAUGCUUCAUCAUCCUUGCCGGCCAAGACCGAAGAAACUGGUGAUGUUAAGCCUACAUGCAGUUCUGUUAAGUUCCGCAUUCCAUCGGAUGCUGGAUUAAAGCAAGCCCAGCAAAAGGAGGCCUCAUUUCUUGAUAGGAAACCAGAAACUGCAUUCGGGAUGGCUACACCUAUCGUCAGUCAAAUGGAACCACAGCAUACAGUUGAGGAGUGCAAGAAAAGUGGUCUGGCAAUGUGGCCUGGAUUGCCAUCAACAGUUUCAAAGGGUGCUCGAGUGGAUGAUCGAUGUUUGCCGCCCUCUGCUGCUAAAAUGCCGGCUUGGCUUGAUGUUGCCUCUAGAAGUAGCUCAGUCCAAAGUGACUCUUUUGGAAAGUUUAUAACAAUACAGAUCUCUAAAGUUACCUCGGAUAGAAGAUUCUUUAGGAGGUGUGCAACUCAUGUCUACAUUAGUCGUCUAAUUCAAGCUUUAAGAAUGUCCGAGAACAAAGACAGAUUUUCCCCGCCCCAAGGUCAAGUGAGACCUCAUGAAAGAUUAAAGCAAGGAGUUUUUCCGCCUAUUAACAACUUCGUUGGAGUUGAAAAUGGUGUAAAGGAACAUGUUUCUGCUAGCUUCAUAGAUGGUGUUGUAGCAAAACAAAAUCCAAAAGGAGCUAAGACUGGUGUUCUUCAGCAGAAGCUCCAUCAAGAUCACCCUUUGUCUGCUGUCUCACCUGCGGUGUCCACAUGGCGGAAGCAGAAUUUUGAUUUAUAUUUAUCGUUGGCUCGAGGUGGUGGGAUAGAGGCUAGUGAUAGUUUUGGUAGAGCUAGAAACGGAUGCGAGCCAAUGUCACAGCUCCAAAAUCCUUAUCUUCCUUCACUUGCGCAACACCAGUUUGGCAUGCCUUUCUCGUUGCCACAGUCAUACUAUAACUCCUCUGCUUGCGGUGAUCAUCGUUCAUCAGCACAGCAGGUCCACAUGCAGAUACCUUCAUAUAGUAGCCCAUUCUAUGAGGCAAGUCAAACAGCCUUAGCGAAACAUCAGCAACAGCAACAGCAACCACAGCAACGACUUUGGGGUGCUCAGUAUAGGCCAGAAGACGCUCCCAAAACUACAAUUCAGUUCCUAGGCUUGCAGAACGGACUAACAGCUCAACUGCAGCAGCAGCAUCCUAUGUCUGUUGCUCCGUCACCGUUUCCCCCAAGCAAAGUGAUGAGACAAGACCACCAUUUGCCUCCUGUCUAUGAGGAACCUGGAGGAGGGUUCCGUACAAGUGCUCUACCAUUGCAGUUGCUCUGCAGUGAGCGACUUUGAUGGGGAAAUUGGAAGUGGGGGAACAAAUUAUUUUAUUCUUUUUUGGUUCUGUCCAUACUUGGGACUCGGCUACUAUAUAUGGGAUGAGUAAAUAAGAAAUGAACAUACUAUAGUUUCUCGUUUGAUUGGUCUUGAUUGUCAUGUGUUGAGCGGCCAAUCAGAUGUUUGUGAGUAGGACUAUAAAGGAGAAGCUCCCAGCGGAUAUGGUUAGGAAAAGUAACUUGUAAAGACAAUAGAAAGGUUAAAUUUUCUAUUUGGCGGUGCCAAUACCUGAUAGUAAUUUUCUUUUAUAGUCGUACUUACUGGCCCACUGAGUGUUGAUAUUUAAUAUUUUCGGUUGCUCUUUGAUUUU